AUGUCUUCCUCAGAGAUAGAAGCUGCUUGGACUGUGCAAGUCACCAAAUAUGCCACAUCUAACGCAAUCUAUAUCAAAGAUGGCAUGUCAUUUUUAGCGACUUACAGGAUCGGUAGAUCUCAUUUGGGUAAGACGUGCUUUUUAACAUCUGCUGGCGACAUGUUGUCAUAUAAAACAAAGCGACACUCGUCAAAGCGUGUUAUGACACUUUACACUCUGCCUCGUCCUACCCCCCGUGAUGAGUACGAGUAUCACUGGAAAUGUUGGCCCAUAGUGGCGUUGGGUGAUGUGAUAAUCCCAAACAUCUUAAUUGCUCUUCUCAACGCUAUGAUGGGAUUCAGAGUUUACGCGAUAUAUGGCCGGUCAAAUACAAUUCUCAUAGUCAUCAGCGCUUGCUAUAUCAUUACUCAAGCCCUCACAAUAUCUGAAGUUUAUGUCGCCAUCUCAUCGUUGACUGUUGGUGCGAACUGCGAGUACGGAUUCUCGUCACGCCUUGGUUGGCUCACCGUUGCAAGCGCAGUCGAGAUGUGUGGCUAUGAUAUUAUCCUCCUCGUCAUGGUAUUGUAUUGCGCUAUUAGGCACAUGGAAAGUGGACAUGAUAGCUCUCUCUGGACCUUCAACACUUUCAUAGCGCUCUUAGCUAGAGAUCACGUCUUUUAUAUUCUCUUCUCGCUGCUUGCCAUGGGAACGAGCAUGCCAUCAUAUAUUCCUUCAUUUCAGAACAUGGUAGGCGCUCAACUUGAGGGAUGA